UCGCUGCCCGGCAGAUGCCGUCAUGACGCAGGACUUCCAGCGCGUUGACGCGAUGUUACGUUCCACCAAUCAGUGGCAGUUUUCGAAGCCCAGGAAAGGAGCAGAUGAUAUGGCAGCUUUGUGAGCGGCCAGGUGGAACUCGCUUUUGUUUAAUCGGGCUGACAGCGCAACAUGAGUACACUUUAACCCGCACGCCGCAGCGGGGGAUCCGAAGAUGAUAUACCUGAUAUUAAUUUCUGCCUUCUCCGGGGCCAUCGUCACGCUCCUUCUGCAGCUCUUGCUGUUGUACCGGAGGAGCCCGGAGCCUAUCGCUAGGACAGUUCAGUAUGUCAAUGCAGUUCCUGAUCCAGCACUAAAGGAUUACUUUAGCAACCAACAAGCCGAAUCAACGCAGCAACAAUCAGACAGCACAUCGUCUGCCUCCAAACAACCAGAGGCCGCUUCCCCGAAGCACCAAGAGACCACCGUCCCCGGCAGCAGCCCUAAACAGCAGCCGUCCUCGCCACCGCCUUCGCUGAGCGACUCCCCGCACACCUCCAAAGCAGAGACAUGCGAUUUCCUCAAUGCCAUAUUUCUGUUCUUAUUCCGCGAGUUUCGAGACACCCCAGUCAUCAGGCACUGGAUCACCAAAAAGAUCAAGGUAGAGUUUGAGGAGCUCCUCCUGACCAAGACCGCCGGGCGUCUGCUGGAGGGGCUCAGUCUGCGGGAUAUCUCUCUGGGCAACUCUGUUCCCGUCUUCAAAACAGCCAGACUCAUGAAGCCAGUGGCUCUCAAUGAAGACAACAUGCCAGAGGAGCUCAAUUUCGAGGUUGACCUAGAAUAUAACGGCGGCUUUCAUCUGGCCAUUGAUGUCGAUUUAGUAUUCGGGAAAUCGGCUUAUCUGUUUGUGAAGAUGACCCGGGUGGCCGGCCGCCUGAAGCUGCAGUUCACCCGCAUGCCUUUCACGCACUGGUCUUUCUCCUUCCUGGAGGACCCGCUCAUAGACUUCGAGGUGAAGUCUCAGUUUGAGGGCCGUCCCCUGCCCCAGCUCACCUCCAUCAUAGUCAAUCAGCUAAAGAGAGUCAAGAAGAAGCACACCUUACCAAACUACAAAAUAAGGUACAAGCCCUUUUUUCCUUUCCAAGUUCAGCCACCGCUGGCAUCAUCAUGUGACCUGGACAUCUCCAUCCGAGACGCUAUUGUGGAGGGGCGUCUACGUGUCACACUUGUUGAAUGUAGCAGAUUGUUUAUCCUGGGCUCAUAUGAAAGGGAGGCAUAUGUUCACUGCACCUUAGAGCUCAGCUCUGACCAAUGGCGGGAAAAAACUCGCAGCUCCAUCAAAGAGACUGAGGUGAUCAAAGGACCAUCUGGGAGCGUGGGAAUGACUUUCAGGCAUGUCCCAGCCAGUGAUGGCGACACGGUGCAUGUGAGCAUAGAGACUGUCACCCCAAACUCCCCAGCUGCCCUGGCAGAGUUACAGAGAGGAGAUCGCCUCAUUGCUAUUGGAGGAGUCAAAGUGACGUCCUCUGUCCAAGUGCCGAAGCUGCUAAAACAAGCUGGAGAAAGAGUGAUAGUCUUAUAUGAGAGGCCGGUCCGGCACCAGGUGCCUACUGUGGGUUUGGGGACACUCCAAGAAACCCUAGGCCCAAUGGAGGAGCCCAGUUAUCUUCAUCAUCCUGGGGGCUACGAGGAGGACCCAGCCCCAAUAACCACCAUGGACAUAUCUGAUAACAGAGACAAUGACUCUGAGUUUGAGGAGCUAAUCGUUGAGUCCAGAUCAACUGCAGCUCCAGUCACUGUUGACACUAAGGAGGAUUUCCUGCUCACUGUAAACCAAAGUCCCAAAAAAACUGUGGCUAACUUGGCCAAGCCCCUUGGUUCCAUCUCACCAAUUCUCAACCGCAGACUGAACCUUCAGUCCCCACUCAAACCCCAGCCCAAAGAAUCACCAAAGGCACCAACUCUCAAGGCUGCUGAACCUUCUGAACCACCACAGAGACCAAUGGUGCCCCCUCCUCCACCACCUGCACGCCCUCCUGUCCCUCCCAGGCCCCAUAUAAAAGUCACAUCUGCCUCCUCAGAAACCCAGAGCCUGUUUGAAGGUAACGAACCUGUGGUGGAAAAAAGUCCAGAGAAAACGCAACCCACUGCUGGCAAUGGUGACAAACCAGUAGAUAAAAUCCCUGUUAAGUCACCAGAGCCGAAGCCUGUGAGCAAGCACCCAGAGCUUGCAGAGGAAAUUCCAAAUAUUCCAGCCACAAACAAGCAAGAUUCAGCCAAAGACAAGAUAUCCGAGAGCUCCUCCAACACUAGAGACAGUGUCGAUGAGCAGGGUCUCUGGGAAUCAUCUGAAACCAUGUAUCGCAGCAGAGCUGCCCGCUGGAACAAAGCCUCUGUGAUCUUUGAGGUGGAAAGUCACUACAAAUUCCUUAAUGUAGCACUUUGGUGCAAGGACCCCUUCAAGCUUGGUAGUCUCUUGUGCUUAGGGCAUGUCAGCUUGCACUUAGAACACAUAGCACUGGAAUGCUUAGCUACGUCAUCUGCUGAAUAUCAGAGCACCUUUCGUCUAUGUGCUCCUGAACCAAGGGCCAGCGUCAGCCGCACUGCUUUGCGCAGCUUGAGCACUCACAAAGGUUUCAAUGAGAAACUCUGCUAUGGAGAUGUUACACUCAACUUCACUUACCUUGCAGAUGGGGAGUCAGACCUCUCCAGUGGACUGGUAGAACGUGAGCGGGAUGGGAGUCUUCAGGAAGAGAACUUAAAACACCGGGAAAAGGAACGGGAGCAGGUACUCACGGCAACCCGGGAUGAACCAAGUUACAGCGGGAUGCAGUUUGGAGAUAUGCGGCACAAUUUUCAAGACACUCAGUUCCAGAAUCCCACUUAUUGCGAUUAUUGCAAGAAGAAGGUGUGGACCAAGGCUGCCUCGCAGUGCAUGACCUGUUCUUAUGUCUGUCACAAGAAAUGUCAGGAAAAGUGUCUAACAGAGUUCCCUAAUUGCGUAGCUGCCUCAGUCCGACGUGGGGCAGAUCCUGAGGCCAAGUCUACCAUCAAUCGGGCAACUACUGGCCUUACACGUCACAUUAUCAACACUAGCUCUCGACUCCUCAAUCUGAGGCAGGUGCCCAAAGCCAGACUUGCAGAACAGGUUGCAGAAAUAGGAUCAGGGGCGGUGGAGCCUUCCCCGAAACAGACACCUAACACAUCUGACAAUGAGAGCAGUGACACAGAGACCUAUACUGGGGCCAGUCCUUCCAAGCAGCCACCUGGUAGCGGUGGCUCCAAACUGGUGCGCAAGGAAGGUGGGCUGGAUGACAGUGUCUUCAUUGCCGUCAAAGAGAUUGGUCGAGAUCUUUACCGUGGCCUCCCAACAGAUGAGCGUUCACAGAAACUGGAGUUGAUGUUGGACAAGUUGCAGCAGGAGAUUGACCAGGAGCUGGAGCAUAACAACUCUUUGAGUGUGGAAGAGCGAGAAACAGUUGACUCCCGGCACAAGGUCCUCGUCUCAGCAGCUCUGGCCAAGUCCGGGGAACGACUCCAAGCGUUGACACUGCUCAUGAUUCACUACCGUGCUGGCAUCGAAGACCUAGAGUCUGUAGAAAGCACCUCACCAUCUGAACAGCAUGGCUUUCCGAAGACCAAAGCUGAGGGUCUGGAGGAGGCGCUGAUGGGCACAGAAGUGUACGACAGUGACAUUUGCAGUCCUGUUGGUGUUCAGAUGCUGGAUGAGAUUACAGAGGAGCAGAUCUGUGUAGAGGCAUUACCAUAAAGAUGACAAAAGGCAUCAGGGGCUUGGGAUUCAAGAACAAAAACUUUUUCUCAAGUAUGACUUGGUUGACCUGUGGGUGUUCCACAGGUGAUUGUGAGGUUUGCAAAAGUAUUCCUAAAGAUGAACUGUCAAUUGUGGAAUUUUGUGAGAGUGUCAGUAGUUUACCAAUUUUUUUUUUUUCUUUUUUUUUUUUACAUUUUAAUUUUUUUAAUAAAUAUUUUCCCCCAUCUUUAGUCCUUAGUUACUGUUUUAAAGGGCAUAACCAUCAAUCUGUAGAUUUUCGGCAGUAUUACAUCAAAUACACAGAAUAUGAGUUCCCAUGACAUGAUCAAACCAAGUUUUACCUGCCUUACCUGAAAGGGGCAGUACAUUUUUUUUUUUUUUUUUUUACAUAAGCUUCAAUAGGGAGAGGUGUGAGCUUGAAGCUAGAUAAGCUUAAAUACAUAUUCUUAUUUUAACUUUGUGUAUUGGUAGAGACUGAAUUAUAUACAUGUUUGCUCUUAGUUAUGUUCAUGGUUGGAAAUACCCUGUCCAUUGUGUUUUAAGCUUCACGCCCCUCACUACAAAAUGUACAAAAUAACAGUCCAUAAAACAUGAUGCCAUUCCCAACCAACAUUUUUCUCUCUGUUAAGCACCUUUUGUUCCUAAUUGUUAAUUUUAAAGCAUAAUUUCUUUAAUGUUCAUGUUUUGUUAUUUUUUGAAUGUUUAAUGUUGAACUGAGAGGGAAUCCUCAUAGGACAAAUAAUCUUAAAGUUAUUAUUUUACUGGGGACCAUUCUUUGUCUAAUUUAAAUUUGUCACAAAGCCAAUGUGACUCUUUUCUUUUUUUGAGGGAAGUAUAUUUAUAUUACUUAUGUAUGUUUCAUAAUAUAUGUUUCCAAUAAUUGUCAUUAUAUAAUCUCACAAUUAAUAUGUUUUGAGCCUUUAUGAUUUUUUCUCAAACCAAUUUGGAUACUUUUUUAUCCACCAUCAAUUGGUCCUGGUGAAUGGUUAUGUAUGUGUGAAUGUGUCAGCCUGUUUGUUUUUGGUUUGGUUUAUGUAUUGGAAUGUGUCAAUUUAUUAUCAUGCAAGCAAACUUUCAGUAUGUCUCACAUCUGCGUGCUUUGGCACGCAUUGUUAUCAUUGAAAGUUGAUUUUACAUGUGUACUAAUGAAUUUAUCUCCCAAAUGACUCACUUUACAUUCAUUAUUCCGUUCACCUCUCAGCACAUCUCUCAAAGUGUAAAACUACAUCAUUAAAAACUCUCAUUUGUCAGUGCAUACAGUAUUCCUUAAUUCCCAAAGCUAAUGUGUACGUUCACAAACAGUCUGUAACCUGUCUGCUGGGCUCAAAAGCUGAGUCAAUUGUGGCCUCUGUCUGUAUAUUGCUGGUUAGUUUUCAUUUACUUCAUUUACUUUAAAUGGACUUGGAUUUGAUCGAAGAAAGACUUUUUUGCUGUUACUACAUACGGUUUGCACAUGAACAACUGUAAUUGGCUACAUGCAUUACUGGAUCGGUUUCCUGAAUUAAAGCUUUUUAGUAAAAACAAAUGACUAGGCCUUUAGGUGGCGAGGACCAAACUCCUAAUCCAGGCGUGGCCAACUUCGGUCUUGGAGAGCCACAGUCCUGAAGAGUUUUGCUCCAACUCUGAUUAAAAACUGACCCGCCUGUAGCUUUCUAGUAACCCUUAUACUGCGUUCAAGUCCUCCUGGGAAGUUCGUACUUACGAGUUGUAAUUACAACGUCGGGUGCGUUCAAGUCAGUUUAGUCGGCACAAGAUGGCGUUGUCCCUUCUUUUAAUAAAUUACAAGAAAAUACAACAGGGUUUGUUAACUCUGCUUAUAUAAAAUGAAGAGCAAAGAAUUUGCAUCAAGUGUGUUUUGCAUUUUUAAUUUUUUUUAAAUUAAUUUAUGAAGCCACUUUAAUCUGUAUCACAUAAAAACUUAUUGUUAUAUAGCAAUCCUGUCUAUCAAUUUUAACUAAAAAAUUAACGUCAACAACAGAUGUUGCAUCCAUCGAUCCAUUGAUUCUGUCAUGUUUCUCAUUGACACGCCCCCAACUCGAAAACUCGGAGCUUAAAGAAAAUUCAGAGUUUCCCACUCGUAAUUAUGACUUUGUGGUGGCAUUCAUGUGCGUUUAACUCGUAAAAACGUAUCCGACAUGACUUGAACGCGCCAUUAGACCUUGAUUAGCUUGAUCAGGUGUGUUUGAUUAGAGUUGGAGCGAAACUCUGCAGGACUGUGGCUCUCCAGGACAGAAGUCCUAGUCUUGUCCUAGUCCAACCAAUCUGUGUUAACAGUCGUGCUGUCCUUGUUAACAUUUCUGCUGCUAAAUCAUCUACUCAGUGGGCCUGGGACAUCAUUUUUAAGGUUUGGUCUCCCUCACCCUGGCCCAAUGAGUAUGUAUUACCAUAGAGGACCUUAGUGGGCCCCUCUGGCCACAGGGCCUUGGACAGCAUACACUAUUCAGCUAGUGUAGAAUUGGUUUUUGCUUGUGCAAUAUUUGCAUAAGAAGUUCACUACCACUCCUUUUGAUUCACUUGAAGGAAUAACAUUAAAUGGUACGCUUUCUAAAUUAGUCAUAAAAUGACUAAAAAGGCUGUUUUUUUUUUUUUGGCUUCUUGACUAGUUGCUGCUGUUGUAAUCCUGUGCUUGUCAAUACAACACCACCAUCAUAUGCUCUCAAAAUAUUUCUCCAAUUAUCUUUAUCACAAUAAAAAAAAUAAAAAAAAAUAAGUAUGAAACAUCACAUCUUCUUUGGCAAACUGUGGUUAAGCUUUUCUGGGAAAGCUCUUGUUCUUAUUGGAAGCUGUGUCUUGUUUUAAAGCGCUAUUGUAAAAAGCCUAGUAAUGUAGGUGACUUUAAACCCUGUUCUUUCUCCCUGGACUUAUAUAGUGUUCAACAUGUGGGUUCAUCCUUUCUUUUUUGUUGUUGUUGUUGUUUUUGCUUAAUGUAAAUAUGAUUUUGUUCUUUUGUGGGUUUUAUUUAUGGUGGAGGGCAUCUUCCGACAAAGUGCACAGCUUUUAAACUUGCUGCAAGACCUUUACGCACUGACAUAUCAUAUUUGCUUAUGCACUUGAGAUAAAUAAAUUAUUAGAAAUGAAAAAA